AUGCCCUGCGCUCGCUGCUGGAGGGACACAACAGCUGCACGCUCGCGACACCUGACGACCGUGCCGCGCAACAAGACCACGCUGACCGUGGAACGCGGUUCGGCUCGGUCGGCCUGUCAGUCUUAUCUCUCCUUAGCGUCGCUGCUUGACGGCCAGCCGUCGUAUCGCGAACGACGCCGCCCUCUGGCAACGCAGGCACUCGUCGAUUGGCUCACGUUUCGGGCCGCUCGCACGAUGCAUCCCUCGUUAUGCAGUCUGGCAAAGAUACCCGGUGUGGCGGGCAAGAUGUUCAAGCGAGGCCAGCUCGGUCUGUUUGAUGGCAAGGUGAAGCGAUACGGCAAUAACGUGCCUGACUCACAUCACAAGACGAGGCGAUCAUGGCUGCCCAACAUCCAGAACAAGAAACUUUGGUCAGAGGCGCUCAAUCAGCAUUUGAGGAUGAAAGUCACGACUUCUGCAUUGAGGACGAUAGACAAGUGCGGCGGGCUGGAUAGGUACCUUUUCAGGAUGAGAGACGACAGGUUAGGACUCUACGGCGUUCAGCUGCGUAACAAGAUUGCCUCGAGGUACCAGCGCGAGCAUCGGCGAGAUCUCGAGCCCUUUAUUGAUCAGGUCAGGCAAGCUGAGUUCAAGAAAUGGCGAGCGAGCCAGAAUUCAGGAUCGACACCAGCCGUGUCAUCAGCGGCCAAUCCUCCACUUUCGCCUGGCAUGUCCGUCCCUGACGGAAGCACUCUCUCAGAGCCGAGACAGAGCCUACCAGCAGAUUCCACGAUCAGCCGCUAUCGCGUGGGACGGACUCGCUCGCCCACCCCUUUGGCGUGUGCCACACUGGCCAGACGCCUGAGUUCCGCGAAGAAAGCGGAUCCUUCGCUAGCCGCUCACUUGCGCGGGUCUGAGAAGCCAUCGACGCCCGAGGCUGACACCACCUCGGCAAGGCGAAACCGACAAACUCACAAACUGGAGCGGACUCAGCCUCACGCUCCUGCCUUAGCCAGGUCUGCAGUACUACUGACUGCACCCACUCUCCGGCUACUUGCCUCAGCCGCACAUCACGCUAAGACGAGCAGUCUGCCCUAUCAGACCGCGUCUUUCGCCAGCAUAGGAGCGCGCGCCCUGCCUAUCUCGACCGGGUGCUAG